AUGUCCUCCUCCACCCUUCCCGAUGCCUCCCAAGUCGGACUCCCCUCCACCGAUGCCUCCCGCGCCGCCGAACUCGCCAGUCUUAAGGUAAAGCUGCGCGCUGGCCUGCGCCAGUUCCCGGACUUCCCCUCUCCGGGAAUCUUGUUCGAGGAUAUCAUGCCUAUCUUCGCCGACUACACCCUGCACGAAGCCCUCAUCCGCUCUCUGGAGCUCCACAUCCUCGAGAACCACGGCGGCGAGAAGCCCGAUGUGAUCGUCGGUCUCGAAGCCCGUGGUUUCCUCAUGGGCCCCAGCUUGGCUCUGCGUCUCGGUGCCAGCUUCGUUCCCGUGCGCAAGCAGGGCAAGCUCCCCGGUCCCUGUGACACUGUUGCCUACGAGAAGGAGUACGGCAAGGAUUUCUUCCAGAUGCAGAGUGAUGCCAUCAAGCCCGGCCAGAAGGUCCUGGUCAUCGACGACAUCAUUGCUACCGGUGGCUCUGCCUACGCUGGUGGUGAGCUGAUCCAGAAGAUGGGCGGCAAGCUCAUGGGCUUCAUCUUCCUCCUCGAGCUCGAGUUCCUUCACGGCCGCGACAAGCUCUCCGCCCCGGUCUACACCCUCCUCUCUGGCCAGGCUUAA